AGUUUUUAGUAAAUCCGCCUGAUUUUUUCUUGGUUUGUAUUUAGAUCCGGACAGAGUUAACACAGUGUUUAUAUUUCUUGUUUUUUUCUGGCGGGUAAUGACAGUCCUUGCUUUUUUCAUAUUUUAUUAAAGGUAUAUUUGUAUUGAUGUUGGUUUGCUACGUUAUGAGGUCACAGGUUCGAUUCCCCGGUAGAACAAUGACGGCGUACCCUUGAGCAAGGUACUUAACCUGCAUUGCUUCAUUAUAUAUCCGGCUGUAUAAUUUGAUACAAUGUAAAUGCUAUGUAAAAAAAAAAAAAAAAAAGUUUUGUAAGUCGCCUUGGAUAAGAGCGUCUGCUAAAUGCCUGCAGUGUAAUGUAAUAUAAUGUAAUGUGGGAAUUUGCAUCCUUCUUAGGACAUUUUUGUGCGCACAGUGGCGCUGUUCACCGAUUUUAAAAGCGUUCAGAUUACCAGGAAAUCGAGCAAGCAUCCUGCGAUCAGUCUCCGCCUUCUCUUAUUUUGAAAUUUCUUUCGGAUUCCCUUCCCAGUAAUAUUUCCAGAGAGAUUGUUUCCCGUAUGUCAGUUCGGUUGAUCGGUUGAUUCACUCGACGUUUCCGUUUUCACCCACAUCCGGCCAAAUGAUGCUUCUUUCCUUCUCAAUCAAAAGGUAUGUUGCGCUUCUCAUCGUUUUUCUAGGCGUAUGGAAGGCGACAUUCUCGGUCACUCAUUAUUCUAUUCCCGAAGAAAUGGAGGAGGGAUCUGUUGUCGCAAAUUUAGCCACAGACCUGGCUAUAAACAUCCGUUCUUUGCCUGAACGCGAAAUAAGACUUGAUAUAAUCGACAACAAAAAAUACCUCGAGGUCAACAAAGACACAGGCGAGCUGUACAUUGGAGAGCAGAUAGACCGAGAGUCCUUGUGCAUAACUAAGACUUCCUGCUUUCUGAAACUGGAUGUGAUUAUACAGAAUCCACUACGUAUAUUUCACAUCGAAUUGGAAAUAACGGAUAUCAACGACAACGCUCCACAUUUUAGACGCGACCGGAUACAACUGGACAUUUCAGAGUCGGCUACUCCAGGAGAGAGGUUUUCUAUUACGAAUGCUGUGGAUCCUGAUGUUGGUUCGAAUUCCGUUAAAACAUACUCUCUUAGUGAGAGCGAUCAUUUUAAAAUCGAAAUUCAGACGGGAAGAGACGGUUCUAAAUUUGCAGAUCUAAUUUUGAAAAAGCCUUUAGACCGAGAGAAGCAGGCUGUACAUAAUCUGAUACUCUCCGCAAUAGAUGGCGGAGUUCCCGCUCGUUCUGGCACCACCAGCAUUACAGUUCAAGUUAUGGAUACGAAUGACAACACCCCUCAGUUUGAUCAAGAUCUUUAUACCGUGAACAUAACGGAAAAUUCCCCUAUAGGGAGUCUAAUCAUAAAAUUGAAUGCUACAGACAUAGAUGAGGGUCCAAAUGCAGAAAUUGUAUAUACGUUUACUCUAUACACCUCCGAGAUGGCGAAAGACGUUUUUUAUUUAAAUCCUGAUAAUGGUGAGAUAAGAGUUAAAGGGGAAAUAGAUUAUGAAGAAACAAAAGUAUUCGAAAUUCAUGUGGAAGCCAAAGAUAAAGGUCACAUCCAGUUGUCAACGAACUCUAAAUUAAUUAUUUUUGUUACUGACAUGAAUGACAAUUACCCCACAAUUACCAUCAAAUCGUUUCAGGGUUCUAUCAAAGAAAGUGUUGCCUUAGGUACUGUAAUUGCUCUAAUAAGUGUAAGUGACCGGGACUCUGGCGAGAACGGUCGAAUCGAAAUUACAAUCAACGAACAGUUGCCAUUUUCUCUACAGAAGUCGUCAGAAAGUCAUUACGAUUUGGUUGUCACGGAACCCUUAGAUCGUGAGAGAGUCCCAGAGUAUGACAUCACUUUAACCGUCAGAGACAGGGGAUCCCCACCUUUGUCUGAUAACAAAACAAUCACUUUGGAACUCUUGGACGUUAAUGACAACGCGCCCCGGUUUGCAAAAUCCUUCUAUACCAUCCCAGUAUUGGAAAACAACUCACCUGGAUUACUUCUGAGUUCGGUUACUGCGUUUGACCCAGACUUCCAUGAAAACCAGUAUCUAGUUUAUUUCAUAAUUGAAAAGGAAAUCGCGAACACAUCAAUGUCCAUGCUCUUUUCCAUUAACCCAGAGAAUGGAGAUCUUUACGCACUAAAAACGUUUGACUACGAGAGAGAAAAAGAGUUCCUUUUCCACAUUGAAGCCAGAGAUUCGGGUGUCCCUCCACUCAGCAGUAAUGUUACUGUCCACAUCGUCAUUCUGGAUCAGAAUGACAACACCCCACUCAUAGUGUCUCCAUGGCGGGCGCACGGCUCUGUGGUUGAGGAAGUGAUCCCAAGAUCCACAGACAAAGGGCACUUGAUAGCCAAAGUAAUCGCCAUUGAUUCUGACUCUGUGCAGAACUCCCGGGUCACAUACCAGUUUCUACAGGUUCCAGACGCGACUUUAUUCAGCCUGGACCAGUACAACGGAGAAAUCCGGACAAUGAGAAUGUUCAGUCACAGAGAUCCCCAUCAUCAACGACUGGUCGUCAUUGCCAAGGACAAUGGAGAUCCGGCACGUUCUGCUACAGUUACCAUUACAUUAUCAACGGUGGAGCACGUCGUUAAGGCCUUUUCUGAAACUUCCGAAAUUCCUUUGGAAUAUGAUACCUUUUCAUACUUAAAUCUGUACUUGUUGAUUGGUUUGGGAUCUGUGUCAUUUCUGUUAUUGAUGACCAUAUUGAUAACCGUCGUGCUGAAGUGUCAGAAGCCUAAACCCGCCAAGCCUAAACCCGACCCCUCCCUGCCGAAACAGCGUCGUUAGCCAGAGGAGCUCUACUGUAGCAGAUUCCAUUCUGGUGUCCAACGAGGCGUUCUGGUACAGAUUGUUUUUAGCGGAGACAAGGGAAGGAAAAAUGGUGAUUAGACAGCCUAUACCGAAGAGUGGUGGUUACAUCGUUUCCAAACUUAAUUUUAUCUUGGACUUGCAAAUGGAAGUAAGCAGUAGUUUGUUUUUCUUUGUGUAUUGGUGUUAUUCAUUUUAAUUAAUUCUUAUUAAUUUCUAAAACUGAGAUUAUGAAGUAUUAUGUUUUUCAAAUGUUGGUCACACCCUACUCUCCUUUUCAUAGCUUGUGGACAGGGGAUUUCCGGUUUGUGAUAUUAUUGCUAAGGGUUAAUAGGGCUAAGAAUUGUAUGCCAGUUUGUCUGUUAUUAUUAUUCUGUAUUUUUGCAUGGGCAGAUAGAAUGCUCUUUGAUUGCUCCCCCUUUCAAACAGUACUGUCUUGGUCAACAGUUCAAAAUUUCAAGUCAAAUAUAUUCUUGAAAUACUAUAUUGAAAAUACCUCCGUUUCAGUAUUGAUUAUUAAUUACCCAAGCCCCCCAGAAUACCAUUAAUAUUUCUCCCUCUGGCAGAACACACAGUGUCCCUUAUUUUCCCCUGUUGUAAUCUUGUACAUACAUGACAGGUCAAUUCUGACACACACACACACACACGCACGCACUUUAAACUUUGUCAAGUUUCCGAAAUUUAAAGAAAAAAAUGCCUUGUCAGAUUACAUAAGGGUGACACUAUGGGGGUGACAUAGCUCAGGAGGUUCGAUCCCCUGCCCUGGGUGUGUCAAAGUGUCCCUGAGCAAGACACCUAACCCCUAAUUGCUCCCUACGAGCUGAUUGGUACCUUGCAUGGCAGCCUUUCACCGUUGGUGUGUGAGUGUGUGAAUGGGUAAAUGAGAGGCAUCAAUUGCUUUGGAUAAAUGCAGUCAAUUUACCAUUUUGCUAUGUGGUUCAGUCCAUAACUCUCAGACCCAUAACUUUCAGGCCUCCUGUGUGGCUGUGGGCUCAUUGCCUUACCAUGUUACUCUAUGUCCAGUGGUUCCAUAUCUGUAUGAAACCCCUUUUCUCCCAUUUGAAUUAAGUGGGGAAAAAAUACAAUAAAAAAGGAAGGUGGGCUGUUCAACCUCCUUUUAAAAUAAAAAAACAUAAUUGGAAAUAAUGGGAAUAA